CCCCUACGGUUUUCUCGCCUGAACAUUUUUAUCCGAGCUAAUCAUCACAUUAAAAUAUUUCUGACAGAGUUUUGUAUUUACCGAUAGAUGUGAUGUAGUUAAAAAUAAAAGCACGUUAUUGUGUCUAUUUCUGAGGAUUUAAAACCUCAUUCUGCUUUAAAACCCUGAGGUGUUAUAAUGAGAUCAGCAGGAAACAGACCGCGCUCCUCCAGGAAGUCUCGGGCUCCUGAUCCUGCUCCUUCACAGCUGUGUGAGGACGUGAAAACGGAGACUUCAGAUGGAGGAACAUCCGAAGUGUCAGAAGUCUGUGUGAAGAAAGAGGAGACGCUGGAGCUGAACAUCUACAACCAUGGAGACGAUUUCAACACCACACCUGAAGUUAUCUCCAUUAAAGAGGAAGAUCCUGACAAUAAAGACUCCCUCUACUGUGAGGUUUGUAAAUCCUUCUUCUUCAACAAGUGUGAGGUUCACGGACCACCCCUCUUCAUCCCUGAUACUCCUGUUCCCAUGGGAGUCCCUGACCGAGCCAGACAAACUCUUCCUCCUGGACUAGAGAUUCGGAAGUCCGGUAUUCCUGAUGCAGGUCUGGGGGUGUUUAAUAAGGGGGAGACUGUUCCAGUAGGUGCACACUUCGGACCCUACCAGGGAGAGCUGGUAGACAGAGAGGAAGCCAUGAGCAGUGGAUACUCCUGGGUGAUAUGCAGGAGCGGGCAGUGUGAAGAAUAUGUAGAUGCCAAAAGAGAAAUGCAUGCGAAUUGGAUGAGGUAUGUGAAUUGUGCCCGUAAUGAUGAAGAGCAGAAUCUUGUCGCGUUUCAGAAUCGAGGAGGGAUUCUGUACCGUUGCUGUCGACCCAUUAACCCAGGACAGGAGCUCUUGCUGUGGUAUGAAGAGGAGUACGCUAAAGAACUCAGUCCUGCAUUUGACUACCUCUGGAACAAAAAGUGCUCUAUGAAGGAAGUAAACAACACUCUGUUGGAAGUCUUUUCCUGCUCAACGUGUCCUCUUACCUAUGCAUCUCAAAUUUACUUAGACAAACACAUCCAGAGAUGCCACUACGAAGAGUAUACAAGACCGCAAGAAUCAGGAGAGAUAAAACAGGAGAUUGAGAUUCCAUCCAAAGGCUCCAGUAGUCAGUCAACAUCAUCUGAUUCUCUGAGUUCUGAUACUUCUCACAAUGAUGUACAGAAGGAAAUUCACCACUGCUCAGACUGUGGAAAGAGUUUUGGUCAUCAUAAUGCCCUUAAAACACACCAGUGCAGUCACAGAGGAGAGAAGCCGUAUCACUGCUUACAGUGUGGAAAGAGUUUCUAUCAGUGGAGCAAUUUCCAGCGACACCAGCACAUUCACACAGGAGAGAAACUAUAUCAGUGCUUACAGUGUGGAAAGAGUUUUUCUCAUCAGAGUGCUUUCCAACGACACCUGUACAUUCACACAGGAGAGAAGCCGUAUCACUGCUCACAUUGUGGUAAGAAAUUUACUCAACAGAGUCAUCUCCAAAGACACCAGCAUAUUCAUACAGGAGAGAAGCCGUAUCACUGCUCACAGUGUGGAAAGAGUUUUAAUCAGCAGGGUGAUCUCCAGCGACACCAGCGCAUUCACACAGGAGAUAAACCAUAUCAGUGCUCACGAUGUGAGAAGAGUUUUAAUCGACAGGAUCGUCUUCAACAACACCAGAGCAUUCACACAGGAGAGAAGCCAUAUCACUGCCCACAGUGUGGGAAGAGUUUUAAUCGACAGGAUCGUCUCCAAAGACAUCAGCAUGUUCACACAGGAGAGAAACCAUAUCACCGUUCACAAGGUGGACAGACAUUCACUCUACAGCAGCACCAGACCAUUCACCCAGGAGGGAAGCCUUAUCAUUGCUCACAGUGUGAGAAGAGUUUUACUAACCAGAGUAAUCUCCGAAAACACCAGCGUCUUCACACAGGAGAGAAGCCAUAUCUUUGCUCACAGUGUGGGAAGAGCUUUACUACUCCGUGUAAUCUCCAAAAGCAUCAGCACAUUCACACAGGAGAGAAGCCAUAUCAGUGCUCACAGUGUAAGAAGAGUUUUAAUCGACAGAGUAAUCUCCAACAACACCAACGCCUUCACACCGGAGAGAAACCAUAUCACUGCUCACAAUGUGGCAAGAGUUUUGCAGCCAAGGGUAAUCUCCAAACACAUCAGCGCAAUCAUACAGGAGAGAAGCCUUAUCACUGUUCACUGUGUGGGAAAUGUUUUACUUAUCAGAGUCAUCUCCAAAUACACCAGCGCUUUCACACAGGAGAGAAGCCAUAUCACUGCUCACAGUGUGGGAAGAGUUUCCAUCAGCAGAGUACGCUCCAAGUCCACCAGCGCAUUCACACAGGAGAGAAGCCGUAUCACUGCUCUCAGUGUGGAAAGAGUUUUAAUCGACAGAACCAUCUUCAAAUACACCAGCGCAUUCACACAGGAGAGAAGCCUUAUCUUUGCUCACAGUGCGGAAAGACGUUUACUUAUUCAGUUACAUUUAAGACCCACAAGUGCACUAACUCGGAGACAUUGCAUGAUUUAAAGCUGUCAAAUUAAACAUGUUUAUCAUUACUGUUUUGGCUGAAAAUUAUAUCUAUUUUGAACUGUGUUUUUCAUUUUAUUUAUCUUGACUUUCUGUGGAAACUUUAAUCUUAUAGCAAUGUUUAAAAUAAGAUUAUUAGUGUUUUCUUUUAGCCUUAUGUAGUUGUGACAAAUUAUCAACACACAAGUCAUGAAUUAACUAAAACACUAUUGUACUAUUAGUACUGCAGCAUUACACUGAAACAGAGCCAGUGCGAUAUCAGCAAGUUUCAGUACCAACAUUUCAGUCCAUCAGAGGUCUUUUUGGCCAUGGUUUACUUCCUCUACCCAUAAGUCAACUGUAACUGUUUCUCAAAUAUUGGUAGAAAGGCUGUUGGAUUUUAUUGAUUCAUACAACAGAACAUCUGACUAAAAAGUCAUCAUAAUAACUUAAAGGUUAUAAUUGCAUAAAUUCUUUUGAGGGGGCUUCAUCCAGCGAGGUAGGUAUCCUUGGUGAACAUCUCAGUCCGAUGGGGAACUGCUCCUUAGUGUACGCAUUUCGUAACAUACCAUCCUGGUCCUGCUUGGUCGAACACCAAGAGAGAUGCAUAGCAUGUAGCUUUAGCUUGGGGGCUGAAUGCAGCAUGGUCCAUUGGAAUCAUUAGCCACUGGUCCAUGAGGGCAUGUACUCCGGCCCUUUGAGUGCCAAAAGCACCAUAGUGCAGCAGGUUCCAGUCUGCUAGUGUUAAACACUGAUGUAAAUCUUUCCUGGAUAAUUAAAAUGCUUCACCAGAAGUAAGAUGCUUGAAGAAUCAGGAGACCAAGAGCCAAGGUAUAGUCAAAGAGAUGGUUUAUUAUGCACGAAAGACACCCUGGCCACUGCAGCGUUUCAUAGUCUUAAUCUUAGUCUAAACAUAAGUUGGACACAGUUGGCUUUUAUGUUGCUUGUACCUGCAAGCAACAUACCCAAGGCUAGUUAGGGAAAACAUAAGAGAAAAACAAUCAAGGACAGAAACCCAAAAACCUCAUGAGACCAUGAGUAAGCAAAAAUCCCACUGAACUGGUCUUAAAUGAUUGAAUCAUUAUCAUGGAAAAUAAGGAAAAAUAUUUCAGAGUUACCACAGCAGCUGCUCUAAGGAGACUGGAGGAGAUGCAGUUAGAAGCACAAGGCUAAUGGAGGCAUGCGCACAUCCCUGUUCUGUCAUUCAGAGCGAGUCACUGAAUAACACACUAAGCUAUUUCUGACACAACGAAGUUGAAGCU